UGAUAGGAUAUUCCUGUGAAGCGUUAUGUCAUUAUGACCAAUAUUUUACCAUCACAGAAUGACGCGAGAACGUCUCUUGCCGAGAGGCGUGCAUAUCUUCCUUCGAUCUGUUGAUUGAUCUUCGAGCUCUGAUGAAAGGAAGAACCCAUUCAAGUUGUGGCAGCGCUUUUAUUGGUCUGAGAUAUUUCUUGCCAGAAAAAUUAUUGAUUUUAUAAUGCACUGCUCAGUUAUUUGUUCAAGGUAUUUUACCAGUUAGCAGCGAAUGGGAACAAUAUAUAUGGGGUUUUGUGAUAUGUUCGAUUAAUCUGUACGAUAACGUGGACAACGAAAACUUCCAUUGCAUAUACAUAGGAAGUUCUUACAUUUUCAUAUGCAUUGGAAAAACAUGCAUAAUUUUGUACGGAAUGACGUACCUCAAUAAGAAUUCGGCACUUAUAGAUUACUGCAUUUUUCCACUUCUUAUUUUAACCUUCUCUUCCUUUUCUGAUUCAUUAAGUGGCAGGUUGUACGUAGAAACUAAACUCUUACAUCAGUUUUCUUCGUACGCAUCUGGAAAAUCAUCAUCAUGAAAGAAUCAAAGAGCAGCAGUAGUCACCAGCGUCUGUUUGUGCGUCUCAAAACUCGUCUUCAGUUCGACAACGACUUCAAACUAAUGGCGGUGCUCACGGUGGCAUCGUUAGUUUUAUCCACGAUUUUGAUCUAUAAAUACUGCAUCAAAGAUCCGAACGUCACGGUAUUAAAUUUAAAAGGCCUCCAACCUAUUCCAGGCGAUGGCGGUAAAUACAUCGUGGAUUACGAAAAUAUUCAGCCGAGCUGGACGGACUUCUACGCCUACAUCAGAGAAACCGUCGAUGCUUGUCGGAAUGUGAAACAAUUUGGCGGCCAAGACAAUCAUUUUAUAGUGGGAACUGACGGAAAUUAUAAAGUGUGUCUGGACGAGGGCGUCGCGCCCACUCCAGGCUCCUGCACCGUCCUCUCCUUCGGCAUCAACAACGAGUGGAGCUUUGACGACGCCAUGGAGGAGUACGGCUGUGAUGUGUACUCCUUUGACCCCACCAUGAGCGACCCCGAGCACAUCCGAGGCAAGAGGGUUCACUUCUACCCUCUGGGCCUCGGCGGUGUCACCCAAGAAGUCGAUAUUCUCCUCUCCAAGUCAAUAUUCUCUGCUAAAUGUCAGGUGCUCACCUAUCGUGACAUCCUAGCAAAGAUCGGCAAGACGAACUCAGUUAUCGACUACUUGAAGGUCGACAUCGAGGGCUUCGAGAUUGACUUCCUAGAGAACGUGCUCUACGACGAUCAGGAACUACUCUUCAGAAUCAAGCAGAUCGGCAUGGAACUACACCCAACGGUUUUCGCAAGUGAAAAUACGUCGGUGAGAAAGCAGAAGUACUGGCGGCUCGUCCACAAGCUGCGAAGUUUAGGUUUCACACCGAUAUUCGGUGAGCCCAUUCCUGUAUGGCUCCUCUCAUACACGUACGAUGGAAAAACAGAAUCGCUUUGUUGUUAUGAAAUUGUAUGGAUUAAUAACCGCUUUGUGAAGAAAUGAGUUUUUAGUCAAAGUUUCUAACAACACAAUUUAUAGGAGACAUUUCGUAUUAUUGUUAUGAGCAUAAGGGUAAGAAUCACGAAUGCAAGUCAUUAGGAAUGAUACUAAUAGAAGCAUGGUACACGCAACAAAAUAUAUAACGGGUAAUGCAUAACAAGCUUGUUCAAUUUCAUUUUUUCAUAAUGCGCAAUUUACCGCGUUUAAAUGAAAAUAAUGAUUAAAGCGUAUCUAAUUCUUUGUUGUUGCCUCUUCAUGUGACAACCACCACUUCAUAGCAUGUGAACUCUCUUAAAAUUACAGCAAAUUUCACGAUUACACUCGGGUUCUCUUAUUGGCUGUGGGAGUUCAAAUGAAAGCUUAACACGGCAUAGGUGUCAAGACCAUAAAUUGCCUUAUAUGGCUGCAAGCAAAGCGAUGUAUGAUUUUAAUGCGCGAGCAAAAAAAAAUCUAGUUGAAAUGAUGGUAAUUCACUUUCAUAAAAAUCUCUCAGUCUUGAUCAAUUUAAUAGAAUGACUUUGCUGAAUGCAAAAUUGUCGUGUUUAGAACACACAGGAGUAUUUUAUUAUUUUUUCAAUGUUAAAAAGUUUCAGGAUCAGUGUUAAUUUAAGAAAUUCUAUAACUAAUGGGAGGAAAAUAAUAAAAUACGAGUUAUUGAAAGCAAUGGAAUGUGUCCUGAUGUAUCCACUGCCUUUUUAUAGACCUCUGCAUUUUAUGCUGUGUUUCUAUUUCUAAUAUAAGCUCUUAGCAAGAAAUAUUUUUUAGGUAACAGUAAGUAACAAUAAAACUGUUGUAUAUAAGUAGCAGUAUUUCCCAACAAAAAAAUUUCAAGUAGCUGUAAGUAAUCAAAAACUUUUGUGAGUAGCAGUGAGUAACAAUAACAUUUUUGGAAGUUUUCUCUUUUUAACAGUAACUAACCAUAAAAAUUUUGUAAGAAGUACGUAACAAUAAGAACUUUUUAAGUCGCAGUACGUAAACAUAAAAACUUCUGUAAGUAGCAGUGAGUAACAAUAAGAUAUUUUGUACGUAGCAGUAAGUAACAAUGAGAAAUUUUGUAAGUAGCAGUGCAGCGGGCCAGAUAUUGGCCUCGUUUUGUGUACUAGGUUUCAAGCCGCCGCACUCCUCGAAAGAAGACUGCCGAGAAAAAUGUAUAAGCGGAACUGUCUGCGGAUGUUGUCUGACUCUAGUAGGCAGCGACUUUACAUAUCAUUACCAUUGUUGUGCCUAUCUCUGUUGUAUUAACUUUCUUCGUCAUCUGGACCUCUCAAGUGUAAUUGUAUUUUGCGUUUCCAAAUAAUUACUGCAAAUCU